AUGGAAGGCACUCUCACGCAUGUGUUGUACCCUCGACAGUCUCAGGGCAGCAACCGAGGUGGUGGUUCGAACUCGCUUUCGGGCAUCAUCUCGACCCUGGUCCCAACACUGUUGAUUGCUGCCAUCGCCUUCACAUGCUUCCUCAUCUUCCGCACCCGAUUCUCACGCGUGUACCGACCCCGAACGGAUGAGCGCCUCCUGGAUGAACAAGGACGCACUCCGCGCACUGAUACCGGCUUUUUUGGCCUCGUGCGAAACCAUUCGAUCCUGCCGGACUCCCAUGUCCUCCGCCAUAAUUCUCUGGACGGCUACCUUUGGCUUCGUUUUUUCAAACUUCUCAUCUUCAUCAGCUUUGUCGGCUGUUGUAUCGUGUGGCCCGUUCUGUUUCCCGUGAAUGCCACAGGCGGUGGUGGCCAAAAACAACUCGAUCUCCUAAGCAUGAGCAAUGUCAAAAAUCCAAACCGAUACUACGCGCAUGCCUUGGUGGCUUGGAUCUUUCUCGGCUUCAUUUUCCUCGUCAUCGCUCGCGAGAGAAUCAAUUUCAUUGGUUUGCGAAGAGCUUACUUUCUCUCUGCGGCGCAUGCUCAGCGGCUUUCCUCCCGAACCAUCCUGCUGCUGGGGCUGCCGCAUGAGUACAUGCAAGAAACUGCAUUACGAGAACUGUUUGGCUCGAGUGUCCGCAAGAUCUGGAUGCCCACUGAUUGCAAGACGCUAGAGAAAGACGUGAAGAACCGUCGCAAAGCUGCUCUGAAACUGGAAGGCGCUGAAAUGAAACUGAUCAAGGACGCCAACGCGCGUCAUCUCAAGGCCGCAAAGAAGCAGUCAGCAGAGGCGACCACGACGAGCUCCGAUCCUCUGCAGUGGAUCGACGCUAAAAAGCGACCUUCUCACAGACUGAAGCCGCAAUUGUGGAAGAAAGUUGAUACUAUUAAUUGGUCUCGUGGCACCCUUUCGGAACUUAAUCGAUUCAUCCAGGAGCAGCAGAACGAGCAUCUUGAUUUAAACCAUACCCAGUUGCCGGCAGCUUUUAUCGAAUUUUCCACUCAGUCCGCUGCCCACUACGCUUUCCAAUCCGUCGCUCGCGAGUCGAAGACCAAAUUCACACCCCGUUAUAUCGGAGUACAACCCGAAGAAGUGGUCUGGAAGAAUUUGAGCGUCAGUAACACGUCCCGCAAAUCAAAGCUGCUCGUCGCAACAGUGGUGAUCUGGUUGAUGAUUUUGUUCUGGACGAUCCCUGUGGCAGUCGUCGGCGCAAUUUCGAACAUCAACUAUCUGACCAACAAAGUCCAUUUCCUGAGCUUCAUCAACGACAUUCCUAAGGUGAUCCUGGGUGUGGUCACUGGUCUUCUCCCAGUUGUCCUGCUCGCAGUUUUGAUGGCCCUGGUGCCCAUAUUUUGCGGGUUCCUGGCCAAACUCGCUGGUGAGCCCACUCUGUCGGCUAUCGAGCUCAAAACUCAAUCUUGGUAUUUUGCCUUCCAAGUGGUCCAGGUGUUUUUGGUCACUACUUUCGCAUCAGGUGCGGCUGCCGUUGCUUCGCAGAUUGUCCAGAAUCCCGGGACAGCACCCACCUUGCUGGCGACCAAUCUGCCAAAAGCAUCCAACUUUUACAUCAGCUACUUUAUUCUGUUUGGUCUCAUGCAAUCCGGACUUCAGCUUCUCAACAUUGUCCCGUUGUUAAUGUACACGGUAGUUGGCAAACUUCUCGACAAGACUCCGCGCAAAAAGUACAACCGCUACAUGAAUAUUCCGGGUCUGGGCUGGGGGUCUACCUAUCCCAAAUUCACUCUCCUGGGAGUCAUUGCCAUCACCUACUCUUGCAUCUCUCCCCUGAUCCUUGGUUUCGCCACCAUCGGAUUCUCCCUUCUGUAUCUGAUGUUCAGAUACAAUUUCCUCUUCGUUCUGGGCAACAAAACCGACAUGAAAGGCGAGGCUUAUGCCAGAGCAUUGAAGCAUUUGCUGACCGGUGUUUACAUUUCUGCGUUGUGUCUCAUUGGACUCUUCGCCAUCGGCUGCAGCAAGAGCGCCAGCAGCGCAGGCCCCUUGGCAAUCAUGGUUGUGUUCUUGAUCGUGCUUAUUGUCGCACAAACCCUGCUCGACCGUGCCCUGGCACCCAUGGAGCAGCAUCUGCCUGUAGAGCUGUUGUCGGGGAACAAAUACAGUACAAUCCUUGUGGAGCAGGUUCUGGACGAGCACGAGUUGAAGCAAGAACACCUGGAGGCGGGCACGGCGGGCACUUCGAGCCGGGGAAAUUCUGUGCCCAAUGGUGGCAAGCUCGAAACUGAUGCUCCUGCGCCACCAAAGAAGGAACCUUUCAAUGCUUUGAGUCGCCGCCUCGAACCAUUGGUCCACAGGUCCUACGAAUCCAACAAAGCCAUUGUUCCGCAGUCCGAAUCUGAUCCUUGGAUUCCUGCAUAUACCUCGGAGGAAUAUGAACAGGCCUAUCUCAACCCCGCCAUCACGGACCCAUCGCCUAUCGUCUGGCUAGCCAGAGACAAGUGCGGCGUCAGUACACUGAUGAUUCAAGAAAAUAGAGAGGCGGGGAUUAAAAGCACGGAUGAGCAGGCCGAACUCGACGACAAGAACAAGCUUGUCUGGCAGGAGGAGCGGGUCAGGGAGGCGCCUCUGUGGGAGAGACCAGUGAGAUAUUAA